AUGUCUAUUCCUAUAAAACCAGAGCAAAUUUUAUUGGUGAAAGAAUUUUUUAAUAAGUGCAAAACUAAUCCUGAAAUUCUACACCAGCCAAAUCUUUAUUUUAUAAAAGAUCUCAUUGAAUUUUUUGGGGGAAAAAUACCUAAAGUAAAUCGUGCAGAAAAAGGUGAAUCACCAAGUAAAAGAUCUGAAGAUACAAAUGCAUCUAAAGAACCAGAACCUAAAUCAGAAAGUGAAGAAAGUGAUUUAGAACUUGAUAUGAGCGCAGUAAUUGAACCAGAUACAGAUGCUCCCCAGAAAAUGGGAAAUCCUACUUUACAACCAACAGAAGAAGAAAUUGCAGAAUCCCAAGUUAAACGUUCUGAAGCUGUAUCAGCAUUUGCCGAAAAUGCUUAUGAGAAAGCUAUAGAACUUUAUACCGAAGCUAUUGUAAUGAAUCCACAAGCAGCAUUACUUUAUGCCAAACGAGGACAAAUUUUCUUAUUAAUGAAUAAGCCUAAUGCUUGUGUUCGAGAUUGUAAUCGUGCUUUGGAACUAAAUCCAGAUAGUGCUGCAGCUCAUAAAUUUAGAGGAAGGGCCUAUUACCUACUUGGAAAAUUUGAAGAAGCAGCAAAUGAUUUAAGACUCGCUUGUAAAUUUGACUAUGAUGAAGAAGCUGAUGAGUGGCUACGAGAAGUUACGCCAAAUGCACGAAAGAUCGAGGAACAUAAAAGAAAGAAAGUCCGUAAGAUGCAAGAGAAGUUAGAGCAUGAGGUAAAAGAAAGACUGAACAAAACCCGGGAGAAUGUGAAAACUUAUGAAGAGAAUACUCGUACCUCUCAAACUGAUUUUAGCGGAGAAAAAAUGGCUGAUUUUUACAAAUUUUUAAAUGAUAUAGGAACUCUCAAUGCUAUUAAGGAUCCUGAAAUAGCCGAGGCGUUUAAAGAAAUCUCUGCAAAUCCGGCAAAUAUCUUGAAGUAUCAAAACAAUCCGAAGAUUAUGGACUUUAUUUGUUCUAGUAUGUUUUCAGGUGCUGGAGCACGAAUGACCACUCCAAAACCAGAACCACAGGACGAUGUUGGCCUCGAUUAGACCUGGCAUGUUCUUGAAAUUUCUUCACAAUUUAUUCUCAGACAAUUUACAAAGUUCUAAACAUUGGGUCUAAAAUGAUCGUUAUUUGAAACUACACGAGGUUUUAUUAAAGAAGUUAUUGUGAAAAUUAUUCAUGA